AAUGAACAACAAUAGUGUGGAGCAGCCGGAUCCCGACAACAUAAAAAUGUUCGUCGGCCAGGUGCCCCACGACAUGGACGAGAACGAUCUAAGGAAGUUGUUCGAAGAGUUCGGUCGGGUGCACCAGAUAAACAUCUUGCGGGACAAGAUCACCGGAAGUCAUAGAGGAUGUUGCUUCGUGACGUUCUAUACAAGAAAAGCUGCUCUUGACGCUCAAAAUGCCCUACAUAACGUGAAAACCUUCAGCGGGGUAAGUGAAACAAUUUCUGUAUGA